UAUCCACUCUAUAAAAUCCAUAGGAUGUCAACUUUUCAGAUGCACAAGCACAUAAAGUUCAUGUUCACUUUGGAGCUGUAUGACAACCAUAGUAAGUUUAGUAUGUAAAUGAGUACAGAAAAAUGUGUAAAAGUGUCUGUUUAAUCAAGGUUUAUUGGGGGGGGGGGGAUUACAUAAAGUGAAGCUAAAUCUCAGUUUUUAGCAUGAAUAUUCACAUUUAUUAAAGUUAAGAUCCCAUUAGGUGUGUGAAAUGCGUUCUCCGCUUUGGACCCAUCCCCUGGAAGAGCGGGGAGCUGCAGAUACAGCCGUGCCCGGGAACCAUUUGUUUGUCUAACCUCCCCAAUCCAACCCCUUCAUGGAGAGGCACUGGGUCCCAUUUUUAGAGUCUUAUAUAUGAUUCAGCCUGGAUUUGAACUCACGAUGUCAGGGUGGACACUCUUCCACAAGGCCAAAUUAAUUUAAAUAUCUUCAUUUAUUUAUGUCACAUCAGAAAUAACCUGCUUUUAGACAUUUCUGAACUAAAUAUAGGAACAUCUGACCAGGUUAAAGUGCAAAACACGUGAUUUUGACAAAUGUAUUUUAUCUACUAGAGAUUAAAAAUGAUAGAUUUUGAGGAAAAAUACUAUAAACUUUAAAAAGUGGACUUUGAGCAAUAAUAAAAUGAUUUCCCUCUCAGCACACUGCUGCAGCCUCCCAUCUUUUCCUUUUCAGGUUAAUGGGAAAAAAAUCAGACAUGUAAACAAAACCUCUUUUUUUUCUGGGAUCAAUUAGUUUGAAAUAAAUCUGCGGUAUAGAUGUUCUACAUGUGACCCCUUUCCCCAACAAAAGAGGCUGCAGAUGCAGGAAGGAAUGAAUGACCUAAUCCCGUCCAAGUGAUGCUGCGCUCCUCAGCCAGAAUCCAUGACGUCACUGAAAAAGCCUGCUCCUCCGUCUACCGGGGUGGUGGUGGUAUUUGAGGGGCGGCCACUCGGCAAAACAAAGCCGUGAAAAGCUCAAUUGUUGGGUUUGGACUUAGAAUUCUCGGAACUUUUCUCCAGCUGCGUGGACCUGAGGGACGCAUUAUCACGACGCGGCGCCGAAUCACCGCCAUUGGGGAGGAUUUCCUGAAGAUCGCCGGCUUUUACUUCCCUUUUAUUUCCCCUACCGGUGCUCCAACCAUCCACACUGUAGCCUUAUGCGGUUUAAAUAGCGGGACCUCUUUUUUUGCUUCACCUGUGGUUCCGGAGGUGCGCUGGUCGCCGGUUCCAUGGCGGUCAGCGCGUCGGAGCCUCUCUACCAGCCGUGCGUCUAUCAUGGAAGCUUCAAAGUGGAGCUGCAGGUGAAGAGACCUCUGAUGCCGGUCCGGCUUAGUCCAGAGCAGGUGGGCUUGGAGAUGCUGUGCCUCUGUGGACAGCUGGACCUCCUCAUCAGGACGCAGACGCAACAGUUCCAAGAGCAAUUAGGACAAGGGUGUAGCCCAGAGGAGUCGGACACUUUUCAAGCCCAAGGAUCAGAGAUUCUUGACCAAAUGCUUCAGUGCCUUGAAAACCUACCAAAGCCUAUGCCAGAGCUGGAGGACUACCUGGAUGCUGUGGGACUGUCUGCCAUGUUUCCUCGUGUGGAGGUGUUCCUCAUUCAAGGCAGUGCAGUUGAGAUGCUGGAGAAGCCGCAGAUGGACGAAUACUUUGUUCACAUUGCCAAACUGAACCAGCUGCUGGUGCUCAGUCAACAGCUAGAGGAGGAUGUCAGACACCUCGGAAGCCACAAGUACAUCCCUCACCAGCUCUCCGUCAUAUAUCAAGUCCUCAGCUCCUUCAGGGGAAUUCCCAUCUUCGUAGACAUGAAGAAGAAAAUUGAGGCAAACUUCAAACAAAUGAAGCAGUCUCUGGUGGCAGAGGACGGCUGCAGGCACGACCCUCAGCUUGCAGCUCACUAUAUAAACUGGAUAUUAGAAAUUACUCAAAGCUUAACAUCGGUGGUUUUAGCGCUGCCAGAUGAGCUUACGGCGGACCUUCAUCCAGCCAUCACCUUUAUGUCCCAGUUUCUGUCCUGAGUCAGCCUGGAUGAUAUCUCAUAAAAUAUUUUUGUUUGUUAUUUUGCUGUUUUUAUAGCUGCAUUAUUUUGUUUCAUUAUUUUGAUGUCAGAACUCUUUGCACAACAACAAAUAAUGACAUGAUAUUUACUAAAUGACCUAUAAAUCAUUACUUCUAACCAUAUAAAGCAGCUCCACUAAUAUGAGCAUUAGCCAACACAAACUAAAUCCUGCGAAUAAGAAUGAUCAAUACUGGAGCGGUGUAGUCUUCCAACAGCUUUUGAUUGUCACCUGGUUAUGUAUAAUCCCACUCCUCGUUAUUUGGCAGUUCAGAUCAUCAUCAAAGUGACUCAAAAUUCAUAAUCAAAUGUACGAGGAUGCAAGAAUUAUAUUUCAUAAAAGUAUGUCUUAAUGGCAAACAGAAGCAAGAAUGUUGGUUUUUAAGGUGCUAUUACCUGAUUCAACUGAGAAUGGUGAUGUUGAAUUUCCUGCUUUUACUUUUUGUUGCCAUAAAGGUGACUUGUCUGUACCUGUGAUGCAUCUAAAUUCUGGGAGUGAAUGUGAAACCCCUUUGCACUACUCUUUUAAUCACUGUUACAAAAAUGAGAAAUAAACAAGAAGUGAAAUAAUAAAA